GUUUAUUUUAUUAUUAAAAAUGGAGUUAAAAUUAUUAUUAAUGAUUUUAUUGGGUGUAUCAUGGUGUGAAGCUUGGAUGGAUGAAAGGCCAGUUUUAGAGUCUGUCGAUGGAAAUCUUAUCAUCUCCAGUGCCAAGGAUAGAAAUAUUACUAUAAAAAUUUUAGGGAAUGGAUAUUUUAAUAUUGAUGACAUUGAUCUUUUGAGUGUUGCAGUUUCGGCCAAAAGUGCAUCUCGUAUCGUUGAACAAUGGCGCAGUGGAUAUUUACAACAAUUGAUACAGAAAGUGCAUGAUAUGGUAGAUAUGAUAGAAGGUCCUUAUGGAUUGCAAAAACGAGUUAAUAGAUUAGAAUUCGGUGUUGAUACGUCAUCAAAUUCUUCUGCUAUUUUUUCUAUGAUAAAAACAAUUAUCUUUGAUUUUCUUCAGGUUCGACGCUUGGAAAAUCGAUUACGAACAAUAUCAUUAAAACUACGUCAAAAUAAAUGUCUAGAUAAUCCUUGCCGGAAUGGUGGAACAUGUAUUAGAAUUUACGAUGGAUAUCAAUGCUUAUGUCCACCACAAUGGGAGGGUAAUAAUUGUGCGCGAGAUAUCAAUGAAUGUACAAGAUAUGCAGGCACAGAUUUAGGGUGUCAAAAUGGAGCAAGUUGUAUCAACCUUGCAGGCUCUUAUCGUUGUAUAUGUGCGCCAGGUUGGUAUGGAGUUGACUGUAAAUCAAAUACUGCUUCUUGCGAUCAUCAAAAUUCUCACGCACUUUGUGGGGAGCAUGGAGUAUGUGUGCCUAGCGGAACGACACAAGGAUAUGUCUGCAUUUGUGAUGAAGGAUGGAAAUCAGAUAAAAAUGAUCAAGCAUGUACCGUUGAUGUAAAUGAGUGUGAAGGAAAACAUCCUCCAUGUUCAGUGCACCCGUUUGUGCCCUGCAUUAAUGUACCAGGAAGUUAUCAUUGCGGUAGUUGUCCUGCUGGAUUCACUGGAAACGGCCACUAUUGUGUAGAUAUUGAUGAAUGUUCAACAGACAAUGGAGGAUGUAGUACUGUACCUAAAGUCCAAUGUAUCAACACACAUGGAUCAAGAGUGUGUGGAUCAUGCCCUCCUGGAUAUCAAGGAGAUGGAGUUACUUGUGUCUUUGUUGGAACUUGCCGAAUUAAUAAUGGAGGAUGCCACCCAUUAGCAACUUGUGUUGAAAAUCCUGGAUAUACAAAUGUACUUGUUGAAUGUCGAUGUCCUGAAGGUUAUCAUGGGAAUGGUAUGGGUCCUCUUGGUUGCCAGCCAGGAACUAUAGUAGUAGAUCAAGGACCUUGUACUAGUAAUCCUUGUGUGCAUGGAACUUGUGUACCACACGGUCAACACUUUAUCUGCAGAUGUGAAGCUGAAUAUACUGGAACAACCUGCAAUACUCACGUAAACCCAUGCUCUCCAAAUCCAUGUAAAAAUAAUGGUAUUUGUACUGCUUCUGGUCUUAAAACGGCAAUUUGUGAAUGUACAGCUGCGUACACGGGACGACUAUGUGAAACACCUAAAGAAACUUGUGGUGGUGUGAUUCGAGAUUUAUCAGGAACUUUAACAUAUCCAGCAAGUGGUGAAACAUAUCAGCAUGGUCUAAAUUGUGCUUUUAUCUUAGUAACGAAUGCAUCAUUAGUUUUAAAUGUUACUUUCACUAAAUUUGAUUUGGAACCAUCACCACGCUGUAAUGAUUUUCUCCAGAUUCAUGAUGGAGGAAAUGCAGGAAGUCAUCAGUUAGGAAGGUUUUGUGGAAAAUCAUUGCCACUGGAUGGCAAUAUUGUCUCAACUCACAACAGCUUGUAUAUGUGGUUCCAUACUGAUAAAAGUGUUUCUCAUACUGGAUUUUCUUUUCAUUGGAAUAGCAUUAAGCCUGUAUGCGGUGGUAUUUUAAGGGAAGAACAUGGAACCAUAAGCUCACCCGGAUCUCCCGGUAGAUAUUCUCCAGAUCGAGAUUGCAUUUGGCAUAUUUAUGUUCGUCCGGGUAAAAGAAUACAAUUCCACUUCUUCACUAUGAUGAUUGAAGAGCAUCCGACUUGUAAUAUGGAUUAUCUUGAAAUUAAUGAAACUGUCAGUGAUCGAGAAAUUCAAUUAGGUCUUUACUGUAAUCAUACUCAUCCUCCUCCACUUGUUACAUCUGGAUCAUUUGCAACUGUACAUUUUCAUUCAGACAAAUAUGGUCAAGAUCUUGGAUUUCAACUUACUUAUUCUAGCAUAGAAGGAAUACCUGGAUGUGGUGGAGUGUAUACAGCUGAUCAGGGUAUAAUCUCCAGUCCGAUGGAUGACUCGAAAUAUAAACCAAAUAUGGUAUGUGAGUGGAAGAUACAAUUACCUUUAGGAGAACGAAUUCGAUUAACUUGGAUUACAUUUGAUAUUGAAAAAUCAUUUUCUUGUAGCUUCGAUCGUGUCUCGAUCUAUGAAGGUCCUGACAUGGAAUCACCAUUAGUAGGAAGGUUUUGUGGAAACAAUUUACCACCACCCAUAGAAAUAGAUUCAAAUGUAGCAUUGAUUGUUUUUAUGAGUGAUUGGAGUACUGAACUUGAGGGUUUUCGAAUUCAAUAUGAAAUAUCUUGUGGCGGCCAGUAUCAUUCACCAUCUGGCUUAAUACACUCUCCUUAUUAUCCAAACAUUUAUCCUGGAUCAAGAACUUGUAUUUAUGAAAUUAUUCAAGCACCUGGAAAAGGUAUUGCUCUCGAGAUUCUUGACAUGGACAUCGAAGGUUCAUCUUUUACCGAUUGCUACUUUGAUCAUCUUGAAAUUCGAGAUGGUGAUAAUGAGAAUUCAACACUCCUUACUAAUCUCUGUGGCAAUGACAACAAUAAGCCAUCUGAACCAAUUUAUUCUACUUUGAAUUAUAUGUACUUGAAGUUUGAAACUGAUUCAAGCGUUCAUGGUCGUGGGUUUCUUGCAAAUUAUACUACUUUCGAUCGAAGAUGUGGUGGACUUUUAAAAACUCAUUCUGGCCAAAUUCAAAGUCCAACUGAUUCAAAUCGAUAUUCUAAUGAUGAAGAUUGUACAUGGACCAUCCAAGCACCUGUAGGUCACGUUGUACAGCUCACCUGGUCAUCAUUUAACUUGGAAUAUCAUGACCGAUGUCAAAGCGACUAUGUUAAAGUAUCAGAAAUAUAUGAUGGCGAAGAUUCGGAAAUAGGAAAAUAUUGUGGAACGAAAAUGCCGCCAAUAUUAACUUCCCAAAGCCGCACAAUGAACAUAGUUUUUCAUACCGAUAGUACCAUUACAUCUAAUGGCUUCAUAGCAAAUUAUUUAUUCAUUGAUGCAUCAAAUGUUUGUGGAGGACAUUAUUUCACCCCUAUCGGUAUUAUUAAGAGUCCAGGAUAUCCAGAUAUAUAUCCUAAUAAUAGAGAAUGCAUAUGGAUUAUUGAAGCACCAAAUAAAUUUCGUGUAUUUUUGGAUAUAAAGAAAUUCGAUCUCGAAAAAAGUACUUCCUGUAACUUCGAUUAUUUAGAGAUUAGAAAUGGUGGCUAUGAUACGUCACCCUUGAUAGGCAAAUUUUGUGGUGAUGAAAUACCUGAAGAGAUACAGAGUUUUACAAAUCAAUUAUAUAUUAAGUUUGUUAGUGAUUCUUCAAGGGGCCACGAAGGAUUUAUGAUAGAAUGGGAUAGUACAGUUUAUGGUUGUGGUGGAACACUAUCAUCAGCAAAUGGCGACAUAAUAUCUCCAUAUUAUCCACAGCCAUAUACGCGGUCAUCAGAAUGCAUAUGGAAGAUUGCGGUAGCAGCUGGCAGUCGAAUCCAAAUACUUUUCAUAGAUCUUGAAUUAGAAGAACAUUCAAAGUGUAGAUUCGAUUAUUUAGAAAUAUAUGAAGGUUUAAAUCGACCACGUAAAAACUCUAACCGUUUCUGUGGCUCGGAUUAUCCUACAACACUUAAUUUUGAUAGUAACUUGGUUACGGUUCGUUUCCGAAGUGAUUUUACUAACUCUGGUCGUGGGUUCCAUAUCAAAUAUAGUACAGUUUGUAGUAACAAGAUCCAUGGAUUUGGUGGUGUAAUAGAGUCACCCAACUUUCCUAAUAAAUAUCCAUCUCAUAUCAACUGCAGUUGGAUUAUUGAUGCUCCGAUUGGUAACAAAAUAAAUGUGACAUUCUCACAUUUCGAUAUUGAAUCGAAUGAUGAAGAUAGCUGUAAGGAUAGUUAUUUAGAAAUCAAAGAAGGAGCUGAUGAUGAAGCUAAUACAGAAUUAGGGAAAUUCUGUGGUUCAACUCUACCACCUAAAAUAGCAUCCAAUCAACAUCAAAUUUUCAUUGAAUUCGCAGGCAAUAACUAUUAUCAAUCUGCUGGAUUUAGAUUAGAGUGGACAUUAAAUGGAUGUGGUGGUCAUCUCAAUAGACCAGAAGGUGAAUUUACAUCACCAGGAUAUCCAUCACUAUAUCCUACAGAUAUCACAUGCGAGUGGUUGAUUGAAGUUGAUUAUGGCCAUAGUGUUGAAAUAUUUUUCUCUGAAGUGAAUACUGAGAAAGCAUCAUCUUGUUCUUUUGAUAAAAUUGAAAUUUACGGCGGUGAAGAUGUAUAUGCACCAAAGCUAGCUGAAUUCUGUCAUUCUGCUGAGCCUAUUAACUAUACUAGUUCUACCAAUAAAAUGUUUGUUGUAUUUAAGUCAGAUAUAUCUUAUGCUAAUCGUGGAUUUGCUGCACGUUACAAAGCUGUACCACUCACUUGUGGUGGAUCAUUCCGAGCGGAUCAGGGAUCCAUUCAUUCUGCUAAUUAUCCUAUGAAUUAUCCUCAUAAUCAAAAUUGUGAAUGGCUCAUACGAGUUGAUCGACAUCAUGCUAUUAACUUAACAUUUACUGAUUUCGAUAUUGAAGAUACAGCUAAUUGUACUGAUGAUUACGUUGAGAUAUUCGAUGGGCCAUCAAGAAAUGAUUCAUCACUUGGACGAUUUUGUAAAAAUAAAUUACCACCUUCAAUAAUUUCUUCUGGUGAUACAUUAUUAGUAGUAAUGAGAACCGAUAGUUUAAUUGCUGCUAAAGGAUUUAUGGCACGUUUUGAACGUACAUGCGGAGCAAAAGUAAUUACUGAUGGCUCUGGAGUUUUAGAAACCGUAUCAAAUUUGCAUCUACAUAAUCCCGACGGAAUUAAUUGUACUUGGAUCAUCGAGGCAGCCGAUCCAGCUGAUCAUGUAACUCUAACCAUUUCUUAUUUGAAUAUUGGAUCAUUUUUUUCUUGGGAUAAUUCAUGUGAAUCCCAUUUCCUCAAUGUUUAUGAAGGUGAAGGCACAAGUGGCCCACUUAGAGGUUCAUGGUGUACUAAUAAAGCUCCUCCACCAAUAGUAAGCAACGGUAACGCUUUAACAGUGCAUUUAUUCUCAUAUUCCAACAGUGAUUCCAUGUUCCAAGCAUCUUAUUCUGUUUUAAAUUCAGCAUGCGGUGGUGAUUAUUUCUCAGAAUCUGGAACACUAGCUUCACCUUCAUAUCCCGAAAGUUAUCCACUAAAUAUCGAGUGUGUAUGGAUACUACAUACUUCUGCUGGAAAUCGAAUAAGAGUUUCAUUUUCUGAAUUUGAUCUUGAAUCGAGUUCUAACUGUGAUCGUGAUUAUUUAGAAAUACGCCAAGAAUCUGCUAUUGGAAAAUUAAUUGGGGUUUAUUGUGGUACUAAAAUAGAAGAAAUAACGACAAAUACUACAGUGUGGAUUAAAUUUCGAAGUGAUAAUGCAAAUACAGCUAAAGGAUUUUUGGGAGAAUACAAUUUUAUUCAUGGUAAUAACAUUAUUGGUACAUCAGGAACUAUCUCUUCGCCUCUUUAUCCACAUCCAUUUAAAUCAUCUGAUGAAAUUACUUGGCGAAUCACCGUUGAGUUUAUGUCAGUAGUACGAAUAGAAUUCACUGAUUUCCAUAUUGAAAAUAUGUAUGGCUGUUAUUAUUCAGCUUUUUCAGUUCAUGAUGGCUAUGAUUCUGAUGCUCCAUUGAUUGGAACAUUAUGUGGUAUUGAUCUACCUGAUCCAAUCCAAUCAUCUAGCAAUGUUGUAUUCAUUACAUUUAAUUCUGGUGAUUCAAUAAGGGAAGGAAACUGGUUUUCAUUAAAUUGGUAUCAAGUUCCUCGAAACUCGAACUCUAAAAAUACGAAAGAAGAAUUAUCUGAAUGUAAUGAAGAAAUUUAUCUUCAUGAUUUAAAAAAUACAACAUUCUACAUUAAUUCUCCUGGAUUUCCAAACGGAUAUGAUGAAAACCUUGAUUGUCGAUGGACAUUUUCAUCACCUCCAGGAACUCAUUUAGUUCUUUGGUUUAUCACCCUUGAUAUUGAAGAAUCUGAAAGUUGUAUAAUGGAUUAUGUUGAGGUUUAUUCUGGACAUGCAGUUUCUUCUCCUCCACCACCUGAAUCAGUACAACUGGGCAAAUUUUGUUAUUUAAAUGUUACGAACGUUCAUGUAGAAUCUACGAAUGCUAUGACAGUUCACUUCCAUAGUGAUUCAUUUAUAAAUGGUACUGGUUUUAAAGCUGUUAUUUAUACUGUUUGCGGUGGUGCAUUAAAUGAAAAUGAUGGAAUUAUUGAAUUUAAUGAUGAGAUAAAACAAAACUUGAUUCACUCCUGGAGUUUCAAAUGCGAAUGGAAUAUAACAGUUAGACCAGGGCGAACAAUCGAAGUUAAUGUUGUUAACAUGUCAAUAGAUUCAUCUGAUGAAUUUUGUAGAAAUUAUUAUUUAUUGCUUAAAAAUGGAGCUGGUCCAGAUUCUCCUUUACUUGAUAAAGGAAAAUUUUGUGGUCGGACCCCACCCGGAACUCUGAUGACCACUGGUAAUAAAUUGUACGUGAAAGCUGUUGGAGCAGGAUUACACGUUAAUUUCAAACUGACUUAUCGGGAAGUUGGAUUAGAAUGUGGUGGAACAUUUAUAUUUUCAGACAAACGUCGAUUUUAUGAUUUAAAAACACCGAAUUAUCCUAAUAUACCACCACCAUAUUCUGAAUGUUUUUGGACUUAUAUGGCACCUGCUGGUGAUAAGCUAUCACUACACUUCCUCGAAAGAUUUGACCUCACGGAUAGUCCUAAUUGCGAAAAAGAAUUUGUUGAAGUCAGAGAUGGUGCAACAGAUUCAUCGAAACUUCUUGGGAGAUUUUGUUCAGAUACAGCACCGAGUAGUAUCACUAGUUCAGGAAAUGUCCUUUAUAUACAUUUCUUUACUAACGUACCAGAUCCUAAAAAUGGUUUUAAAGCCUCAAUUAUUGCAGGAGAAUUUUGUGGUGGAAUUAUAAGGGCUAAACAAGGUGUUAUUACUUCACCCUACUAUCCAGCAACAUAUCCUAAGAAUGAACAUUGUAAUUGGUGGAUUAUUGGCCCACCAGACCACACACUAAAAAUACAGUUCCGUGAUAUUCAUUUACCAGGAUUACGACGAUGUGAAAAUACUGAUUAUGUUUCCAUCCAUGAUAAGGUUCCAAAUAAUGAUACAGAUAUGACUACACUUGGAAUUUAUUGCGGAUCUACAAAUCCUGGUAUAAUUGAAACAUCAUUUAACGAAGCUUUCGUUAUAUUCAAUAGUGGUCGACGAAGUUAUUUAAAUUACCGAGGAUUUAGUCUCAACUUCACUGCAAGUGGAGAUACUUGCGGUGGAUCUUUGAAUGGAAUGAAUGGGGAUAUAAAAUCUCUCGGUUAUCCAAAUCCUAGUCUUCGAGCAAGGUAUUGUGAAUGGCGAAUUACUGUUCCUGAAGGAUGGCAAGUACGUGUAGAAAUUGAUGAUCUGGACAUAGGUGGAUCAUCAUCUAACGAUGCUAGAUUUUAUUUAGCAUUCUAUAAUGAUUUACAAUCAAGAUCUCAGAUUGCUGUUGUACGUACCGGAGAAUAUGAGAGUCACAUUAGUAGCUCGACGAAUUUUAUGCUGAUUUCAUUCUGGUCUAGUACAGGUCAUCGAGGUUUAAAAGCACAAUAUACAGCAUAUGCACCAGCUCCUUGUGGAAGAAUUGUGGAUGAUGUUCAAGGAUCAUUAACAGCACCAAGUACUCCGCCGUUUAAUCAAAGUACAUUCUUUUGUCAGUGGACAGUAAAAGCACCAAAUUCUCUAUUAGAAGAAUCUCCAGGAUCUGGAGUUACAUUGUCAGUGACAGUGUCAGGAACCAUCGGUCGCUAUUCUCUCCAAACACGAACAUGUUCCUACUUAAUGAAAUAUAUUCUGGUAUCAGAUUCCAAAAAUCCUGUUGGAAUGGUUUGUGGUAAUGUAACUCAAGAACCAUAUGUUAUUCGAAGUCCAUCGCCAUCUAAUAUAGUUACAGUACUCAAUGGGACGUAUGGAAGUAUGAUGAAGUUUAAUAUGACAUAUAAAUGGCAAAAAUGUGGAGGAUUAUUAUCAGGUCCGUCUGAUAUAAUUCGAGCACCAACAGACAUUACUUACCCGAAAAGUUGUGCGUGGCGUGUGCAAUAUCCUGAUAGUGGUGAAGCUAUUCGUCUAACAUUCAAUCGUAUCAAUCUUGGGGAUUGUAAAAAAUCCUACGUAAUCGUGAGAAACGGUGGCCCGAUGUCGCCUGAAGUAGGAAAGUUCUGCGGUAAUAUAAAACCUAAGAACAUCACGAGCUCAUCUAAUAAAUUAUGGAUUGAAUACUGGGCUGAAAUGGCUCCUAGUGACUUCGAAAUCCAUCUGAAUGUUGAUUUGGGUGGUUGUGGUGGCACAAUUCGUGGAUCAAAUAGAGAAAUAUCAUCACCUGGUUUUCCACGGAAUUAUCCAGCUAAAGCUGAAUGCACUUGGGAAAUUACUGCUGAGAAUGGCUAUCAUAUAGGAUUGACUUUUGUUGACAGAUUUAAUUUGGAAUCAAGCGUACUUUGUAACAAUGAUUUUGUUCAAAUAUUUGAUUGGGAUAGUAGUAAUCGCGGCUCUUGGAAGUCAUUAGGAAAAGUAUGUGGAAGAAAUGUACCAGCACCAUUAAAUACUACUUCAAAUCGAAUGAAGAUAUUAUUCCGUUCGAAUGAUGAUAUUCAAGGAGAUGGAUUCCGAGCUAUUUGGGAUCGCAACUGUGGUGGUAUUUUCAGAGCAACAAAAUAUCGACAGAUUAUUCAAUCACCAAAUUAUCCCAACUAUUAUGACACAAAUUUAGAUUGCAAUUAUACUCUAAUCGCUGAAGAAGGGAAAUCUAUUUUAAUUGAGUUCAGAGAUUUUGAACUUGAAAAUGUCAACGGUAACUGUAGAUACGAUAAUUUAAGUAUUUAUAACUAUGAAUGGGGAUGGCAUGAAUCGUCAACUAUCUGGUGUGGCCUUAAUAAACCUCCAGUUCUGUUAGGAGGAAGUAAAAUAGAGAUUAUUUUCAAAACUGAUAAAUUUAUUCAAAAAAGAGGCUUUGAAUUCGUCUACUUCCUCAAUGAAUGUGGUGGUGAAAUAACUAGCGAAGAAAUACUUCAACCUCCGAGAUCAAAAGAAGCUCUAACAUACUUUGGUAGAUUUAAUUGUACUUGGACUAUUCGUGCUCCAAAAGAUAAAAGUAUCACUCUACGUUUUAAAAUGUUUGAACUAGAAUACACUCCAUCCUGUUAUUCUGAUUACGUAUCAGUUUUUGAAGGCAUUGGAAUCAGCUAUGCAACAAUACUAGCUACUCUUUGCGGAAAUUUAACAGAAUCAUUGCCUGUUGUUAAAUCCAUCAAUAACACGAUGACAAUAAUGUUUUUCUCUGAUGAUAGCAAUCAUUACCGAGGAUUUGAAGCAGCGGUACUAUUUACUAAAAAUGUUGCAAGCGGGUGUGGAGGCAAUAUUAAUUUAACAAAUUCAUUAUCCUGGAAAUCUCAGAAAGGAAAUACAUAUGAACCAUUUGAAGAUUGUCUAUGGACAUUCUCAGUUCCAUCUAGUAAAAAUAUUAAAAUAACAUUCACCAGUAUGGAUGUACGAAAUACACUAAAUAAAUCGUAUUCUGAAAACACUGCACCAUGUAACGGCGACUUCUUAGAAGUUCGCGAUGGUAAAGGACCUUUUGCAGAAUUAAUUGGUAGAUAUUGUGGGCAUCAAAUACCACCGGUAAUUACCACCACACGUAGUGAUUUAUGGAUAAGAUUUUAUAGUGAUGGUGAAAUUGAAGGAGCAGGUGCCACUGCUACAAUAGAACCAGUCGAUUCAAUUUGUGGUGAUACUUUGAUAAAAAUAACAAAUGAAACAAAAAUACUUACUUCGCCAGGUUAUCCUAAUAAAUAUCCAUUAGGAAUCAGUUGUAAAUGGGUAGUUACUUCUCCAAUAAGUAAUGAUAUUCAAGUGCAUCUAAUUGAAGUUGAUAUGGAAGAUUCUGAAGAUUGUUUAGGAGAUAAUUUAGAAAUUGUUGAUAAACUGAACAAUAACCAUAUAAGUGAAGGCUUUGGUGAAGAUUUCAUUUUUAGCGGAAAACGUCAGCAGCAUACAAUAGGUUCAAGAAUGCAAUAUUUCAAUCCUAUGAUCGCUUAUAAAUGGUGUUCUCAAGUGGAAAACUACGAUUAUUAUAGUGGAAGUAGUGAAUUAGAAAUCAGUUUAAAAACAAAUAUGGAAAAUCCUCACAAACCCAGGAAGUUUAAACUAAAUAUUGGAUUAGCUACUUGUAAUCGUAAUUACACUAGUCCUCAAGGAAGAAUAUAUCAUCAAGGAUUCACUGAUUGUUGGAUCACAAUAACGGUUCCACCUGGACACACUAUUUCUUUGUACUUCAACAGUAUGAAACUUUUUGAUUUGACUGAAUGUACCAGCAAUUAUUUGAAAGUUCAUGAAGGCGACUUUAAUGGUCCACUCUUAGCAACACUUUGUGGUAUGCAAAGACCAUCACCUAUCUUCAGUACGACUAAUAAAUUAAGUCUGUAUUCAAAGUCCGAACGAGGUGUUGUCUGGGAAAGUUAUGAUAUUACUUACACUUCUACAGAUAAAGGACAAGGUUGCGGUGGAAGAAUUUAUAAUUAUGUCGGAACAUUUACAUCACCAUUAUACCCAAAUAAUUAUAGAAAUGAAAGUCUGUGUACUUGGGAAGUAAGCGUGCCUCGAGGGUAUAAAAUUGUAUUGAACUUUGAAUUUUUCGACCUUGGUUCAAGUGAUUGUGGUAGUGAUUAUAUCAGCCUUCGUGAUAGAACAACGGAAUAUGUACGAGUAAUAAAAUAUUGUUCUCACGACAACCCAGCUAAGUUCUAUGGUAUGACUAAUUCAGUGACGGUAAAAUACUCAACGACUGCAAAUAAUGGAGGAAAUGGUUGGGUCAUUCAGUUUAUAGGGGUUGAACACUCAUUUAAAGAAGAAGAAGAAGAAGAAGAAGAAAAAGAACCAACCUAUAGGAGAAUGAUUAUAUAGGAGAGAUAGCUAUAGAUUAAUUACUAUAUUUAAUGAUAUGUUAAAAAGUAAAUCAUUGAUAUUACUAUAUUAAAGUUAUGAAAGCAGAGUUUGUGAUUGAGAUAUAAUGCAAAAUUUGCUGAUUCUUUUUUAAUAUCUGUGUUAUCGAACACAUUCUCCAGAUUAGAAAUACUUUACAUUUAUAUAAUAUAUGACUUAAUGAACUUUGGUUGCAUCAUUUCAGAUACAGAUUAUUUGAUAAGAA